AUGGCAAAAAAAGGUGAAAAUACAAAGAAGGCUGCUGGAAACGCCAAGAAGGCAGAGAACGCCAGCAAGAAAAAGCAGGCCGAAAACCAGGCUGCUGAGGCUGCUGAGGCCGCUCAAUGGGAAGAUGGGGCCAAGAAGGGUAAUAAGAAGAAGGAUGACGCUCAGUUUAAAAAAGAAGAAGCAGCUAGAAAAAAGGCUGAACGUGAUGCUCUCUUAGCAGCGGAGGAGCAAGCUCUUCCCUCGAAACCGCAAAGUUCGAAACAACGUGGUGCCGCCAAAGUUGCUGCUAGAAGAGCAGGCAAGAUCGAUGACUUUUUGGACUUUAACAAAGAUACUCCCGAGGUCAGUGCCAGUGGAAUUGACAAUGCGUUGGAUGCGUUGGCGCUCACGAGCAAGGAUGGCGGAGUUUCGUCGAAAGAUAUCGAUAGACAUCCGGAAAGAAGAAUGAAGGCAGCGUACGCAGCAUUCGAAGAGCAACGGAUCCCCGAGCUCAAGAAGGAAAACCCCGGGUUAAGGCUCCAGCAGAUCAAGAAUUUGAUCCACAAAGAGUUCCAGAAGUCGCCAUUGAACCCUAUGAACCAAGAAACCAACAUCGACUACAAUGCCAGCCAGGAGGCUGUCGCAUCCAAGAAGCAAGAGGUGCGCCAGAGCCGGGAAAAGAAGUUUGCUUAA